CUCCACCAAAGCCUUGCUUCUACUCCCUCUUUACAAUUUUCCCUUAGAUGUUAUCUUCGUUGCAUUCUUCUAUUGCAGUUAUCCUCUUUAUCUUGUCCUAUUGCACGGCCUGUUAAUCCCGGACGGCUAUGGCAAGCACAACUACGCCAACGCAAUUCUCACGAUUCCUCGACUUGCCCCUUGAGAUACGCCACCGGAUUUGGCUGCACUCGCUCCCGGAUGAUCAACCAGAAGUCUAUCUAGCAUGGCCAACCGUACUAGACCCCUGCCAAACGCCUAGCGGACUUCGUGCACCGUUACCGCAUGGGCCGUUGGUAGUCGACACAGAUUUCCCAGUCAUCAUGAUACCUGCAGGGAAGCUCGAGACUUUGUGCAAAACCACACGCUGAGCGGCGUGAGCUUUCGGUAUUCUAAGCUGUCAGGGUGCCCUGUGCCUUUUCACAGUUUUAAUCCCGAGCUUGACGUUUUGUAUAUUGGAUUAGACGCUGACGACAUGAUGUCAACCUUGGCCUACUAUGAGCUUGGCCAGGAUAACAGGUAUAUUUUCACUAGUGAUGAACGAGCAACGAUAGCCUUGCUGCAGCAAUCGAAGCAUCUGGCUCUCCCCAUACGCACUGGUCUAUGCGAAUUCAACGGCCAUGCAACCUACGGCUACCUCCAAGGCUUCGCCAAACAGGCCAAGACCCUCGCACUUGUCGUGGCAAGUACAACUCAUAGGGAGGCGGCCGAUGGGAUAUUUGAGACGCAGCUCUUGUUUAAGCAGCCAUCGCGACGCUGCCGGUUACGACAGCUGCCACCAGGCACUUGGGGUGAAAUUGUCCUUGAUUCAGCCUGGACCGACGUUGAAGACGUUUGCAGCCGUGGUCCUGUGACAUUGGAUCCUAUCAUGACGGCAACAAGAACACAUAACCGCCAAAAUCUCUACUACCUUCAACACCCAGACUAUGACAAUAUGCCAAUCAGCGUCCAGACAUUUGAAGAGAGACAGCCAGAUGGUUCUUGGACGCAAAUAUGUGCCGAAAGGCUAUACACUCGCCGAUAUGACUUUCCAGCCUAUCGAACGGUCCCGGAGUGGCGCUAUGAAUUAAACGAUCUUGAAUCGAAGCUGUUGGCGGCAUUCUUUAUACCGCAUAACGUAGAGCUUGCGGCUCAAGGUACCUACACAGUAGAUGAAGCAGGCAAACUAAGCACGAGGUUCCCGUUCCACUACCGGACCUAGGCCUGAUGUAAAUAUCAACUACGUUA